AUGGAGGAGCAGAUGGCUUUGAAGUUUGAAGAUGUGUUUCUGAAAGUGCCAUGCAGAAGCUUAGAUGCAAAUAAAGAGUACAUAGAGCUAGUAUCUGGGAUAUCUGGACAAGUAUGCUCAGGAAGACUUACUGCAGUUAUGGGAGGAAGCGGAAGUGGCAAGACAACCUUUCUGAAGCUACUGCUUGGAAGGGUAAGUAAUGAUGCACUAACCUCAGGAAUUAUAUCGCUGAAUGGCAAACAAAGGGUUGCAUAUGAGUGGCUAAAGAGUGUUUCGUACAUGGAGCAAUUUGAUACGUUUUCGCCAUAUCUGAGUGUUGAGGAGUCCAUAAGAUACUCUUUCAUUUUCAGAGGGAAAACAAAGCCAAAAGACUUUAGGAUUAGUAAAGCUAUGGAUGAGAUAAUAAGUGAAAUGGGACUGGAGAAGAUACGGAAUUCUCUAGUAGGAGCUAUCUCUGGUGGUGAACGCAGAAGACUGAUGCUUGCGAUGGAUCUUGCAGCAGAGCCAGAUAUAAUCUUUCUUGAUGAGCCAACAAGUGGACUUGACUCACAACUAGCGCUAGAGAUUGUCCAAAUCCUGAAGAAAUAUGCAGAGUCGAAGAACAAAAUCAUCUUGAUGACUGUGCAUCAGCCGGGCAAUAUGAUGCUUGGCAUGUUUGAUGACAUAAUGUUUUUGAAUAAGGGGAGAAUGGUUUAUAUGGGUCCUGUAUCAGGAUUGGAGGGAUUUCUUGAAAUCAAUGGAAUGCGCAAGCGAUCUGAAUUAUCUAUUGCAGAGUGUCUUUUUGAGAUCAAAGCAGAUUCGUUGGUUUCUGAACAGCACAGUGCCGAGACACAAAUUACAAGUUCCAAAGUAAUGGAAAAAUCAAGCGAGUAUUGCAUAGCCACGGUAUUUUUAUGGAAACAUGUAUGGUAUUUGCUCAAUAGACAGUUUAAGAUCGAUUAUAGAAACGGAAUGAUAUCAAAUAUACUGCUGUUCAAGCUGACAAUGCUGGCAUUCUUAUUUUUAUUUCUAUGUUGUAAAGUGAAGCACUCUGUUUUCAUGUUCAUUAGCAAGAUGUUUCCAUUAUAUUCUGAGAAUGGGAAAGGAUAUAUAGAUGACCUUAAGGUAUUCCUUAUAAAAGUGUAUCCAAGGCUAGGCGUGAUGUAUGCAGAUAUUAUGGAUUUCCUUUCAUACAAUCUGAUUCCGUUCAUAACAUCGUUUUCGAUAUUUAAUGACUCUUCUUUCCUUGAUAACGAGGCACUAUUGAAGAAGGAGAUGUUUCGAUGCGAUUACAGUCAGUUUUCGUUGUUUGUAUCCAUAUUGAUAUACGAAUGCGGAUUUUCAUUGUUGAGGUCGUUGUUCUUUUGCAUGCUUAUUGGAUUCACACAGUUCAGGGACAUACUGACAUCACGAACUGUGCUGAUGAUUACUGCAAUGCCUCUUUCUAUGGUAGUUUUUAUGAUUGCAGUCAAAUCGUUUUCAUCCAAGGCAUAUCCGUUAAACAUCAGCAGAGUUGCAGCAUUUGUCCUCACAACGUUUUUGAGACCAUUUUCAUUGAGCAUAGAGCUUGAAGAGUUGUAUGAAAAGUAUGUGUUUAUGAAAUACCUGUAUCCAUUUUCAUACUUGCUGUUUUUAUGCCCGUUUCUCUUUAUAGAUACGCUCUUUUAUGCUACUCUUGGUGAGAGUAAAAGCAUAUCACCUGGAUUUAGAAUACUGCUGAGUCACUUCAAUAACAUAACAAUAUUUUCAAGAGGAUCUUCCAAGAGUGUUAUGAACAGAAGCAUAACAUUUCUAAACAGAUGCUAUCUUUCAAAUAGCUCUUUGGUGAUGCUGAUUGUAUUUUCAUUAUUGUUGACUCUUGCAUUGUCCAUGGCGUUCCUUAUAUUUAAGUUCAGUCCAAAAGUAAGAAUGACUCUGAGCAAGAUGAGUCUAGCAAUGGAUCUAAAGGAGGUUACUACAAACUAA